AUGGCCCAGCUCGAGCUUUUUUGUUUCCUUUGUGCUCUAUUAUUCCCAGCACUACUUGUUUUAUUCAAUGGUUUCCAUAUUAUUGAAGAAGGACAUGUAGGAGUUUAUUAUAGAGGAGGUGCACUUUUAGAAUCAACUACUGAGCCAGGAUUUCACUUUAAACUUCCAUUGAUAACAUCUUUUGAGAAUAUCUAAGUCACAGUCUAGACAGAUAAAGUCAUUAAUAUCCCAUGCGGAACUGCUGGUGGAGUUGUCAUCACUUUUGAUCAUAUUGAAGUAGUUAAUAGGCUAAGAAAGGAUUCUGUUUAUGACACUAUUAAGAACUACACGAUUCAUUAUGAUAAAACUUGGAUUUUCGACAAAAUUCAUCAUGAGAUCAAUCAGUUCUGCAGUAAACAUACUCUUUAGGAAGUAUUUAUUGAUAAGUUUGAUGCACUUGAUGAACAACUUGCCAAUUCACUUUAAAAUGAUUGCAACAAAUGGGCACCAGGUAUAGAGAUUAUUGCUAUCAGAGUCACCAAACCCAGAAUCCCUGACACUCUUUUGAAAAACUAUGAAAAGAUAGAAGCCUAAAAGACUCAACUAUUGAUUGCUGAGUAAGAGUAAAAGGUCUCAUCAAAGAAGGCUGAAACAGUGAGACUUGAGAGAAAGAUUGAAGCAGAGUCUUAAGCAGAAGUAAACAAAAUUGAUAUGGAGAAGAACAUUCUUCAAAAAGAGUCAUUAAAGACUAUAGAGGCUAUUGAAAAUUCAAUUUAUUUGGAAAAAGAAAGAUCUAAAGCUGAUGCUCAUUAUUACAAGAUAUCUAGAAUGAUUGAGGCUGAACAAAAGCAGCUGAGUACCGAAUAUCUCAAGAAACUUGCCAUUGAAAGUUUUUCAAAUAAUACAAAGAUUUACUUUGGACCCAGCAUUCCUUAGCUACUAGUAGAAAAUGUCGAUGAGUUUCUUAAACAUAAAAAUUGA